AUGAAAAGGAAUGGCGAGCUGUUUAUAAACGGACGUGUCAAAAGAGUUAAAGCAGAUUCAGAAUCACCGGAGAGUACCGGGGAUGUGGAGGUUGAGGAAGAUAUUAUUUUGGAAUCGGACUCAUCAGAGUCUUCUUGUUCACCAGUUUUUGACGUCGCGGUAUCCAACAGUAACAAAUGGCAAGACACAAUUAAAAAAGUUGUAAACUCAGUGGUAUCAAUACAAUUUUCACACGUGGCAGCAUUUGACACGGAAACAGCGAUUGUCAGCGAGGCUACCGGGUUUGUUGUGGAUGCAGAUCGGGGGUUGAUUUUGACAAAUAGACAUGUGGUUGGACCUGGCCCAUUCACGGGAUACGUUGUUUUUGAUAACCAUGAAUCUGUCGAUGUUAAGCCCAUAUAUAGAGACCCCGUCCAUGAUUUUGGAUUUCUACAGUUUGACACAAAGGAAGUCAAGUAUUUGGAAUUGAGCCAACUUGAUUUGGAGCCUACAAUGGCCAAAGUUGGGACAGAAAUCAGGGUUGUUGGUAACGAUAAUGGUGAAAAACUAUCAAUUCUCGCUGGUAUAAUCUCCAGAAUUGAUAGAAACGCACCUGACUACGGGGCUUUGACUUACAAUGAUUUCAACACCGAGUAUAUCCAGGCAGCAGCUUCAGCAACAGGGGGGUCAUCGGGUUCUCCUGUGGUUAAUGAAGACGGUAAAUGCGUGGCGUUGCAAGCUGGUGGCUCUACCGAAGCGUCAACUGAUUUCUUUUUGCCUGUAAAUAGACCAAAGAGAGCACUCCAGUGCAUACAAAAUGAAGAACCAAUCAGUAGAGGAGACAUACAGGUUGAAUGGGAGUUGAAACCAUUCAAUGAGUGCUCAAGAUUUGGAUUGACACCAGAUGCAGAAGCGCAUGCAAGAAAGAUGUUUCCCGAUAAGAUAGGAUUGUUGGUGGCAGAGUUGGUUUUACCUGAAGGUCCAGCUGACGGUUUAAUUAAGGAAGGUGAUACUUUGAUAUCUAUAAAUGGAGAGUAUAUUUCAACAUUUAUCCGAGUGGAUGAAAUAUUAGAUGAGAAUGUUGGUAAGGAAUUGGAAUUUGUUGUACAACGCAGUGGGGUAGAAAUUAAGCAAAACAUUAAAGUAGGUGACCUUCACGCAAUUACACCUAAUCGAUAUGUCCAGGUUUCUGGUGCAUCUUUCAACGAUCUUUCAUAUCAAGUUGCCCGAUGCUAUUGCCUACCUGUGAGGGGGUUAUAUGUGAGUGAUGGUGCCGGUUCAUUUGAGUUUUCAAACCAAGACCCCUUUGGGUAUUUAGUCGAAACAGUUGACGAUAGACCGGUGGCCAAUUUGGAUGAGUUUGUGGAGGUGAUGAAAAAGUUGCCCGAUUGUUCAAGAGUGCCAGUAACUUACCGUCACGUUUCCGAUAUGAAUGCUGAAUACGUCCAAACAAUAUACAUUGACAGACACUGGUACACGUCAUUCAAAAUGGCAACAAGAAAUGAUAAAACAGGGUUAUGGGAUUUCGUGUCGUUACAAGAUAAACCUUUACCACCAAUUGCUCCAACUCCUCAAAAUGCAAAGUAUGUCGACAUACCAUUCAACGACUCCAGCAAGGAAGAAAUAUCCAAGUUGGUUCGCUCUUUUGUACAAAUACGAACAUUGUGCCCGAGUGGCGUUGACUCGCAUCCGUUUAAAAAGGAUAUAUGCUAUGGUGUUGUAAUUGAUGCCGCGAAUGGAUAUGUCUUGACGUCAAGGCGAUAUGUGCCACAUUACAUGUGCGAUAUCUUUGUUGUGUUUGCUGAGUCGAUCGAUGUUGCUGGAAAAGUUGUAUUCUUGCAUCCGCAUUUGAAUUAUGCCAUUAUCAAGUACGACCCAAGCUUGAUACUAGCUGAGGUGCAAACACCUAAAUUCUCGACAGCACCUUUAAAGCGAGGCGAUGACGUUUGCUUUGUCGGUUACAACUAUAACUUAAGAUUGGUAACUGAUGACGUGAAAGUAAGUUCAAUCGCAUCGUUGAAUGUUACAGCAAACACUAUGUCACCGCGUUAUAGAGGUACUAACUUGGAAUGUAUUUUGUUGGAUAGUAAGAUUACCCAAGAGUGUGGAACUGGUAUAUUGGUGGAUAGAGAUGGGACUGUGCGCGCAUUUUGGUUGUCUUACUUGGGAGAGUCUAAUGAAGUGUCUUACAAGAUGGGGUUGGAUGUUACCGAUGUUAAGGAUGUUAUCAAUGCACUUAAAAAGGAUGAGGUACCGAUAGGCUUGAGAAUGUUGAGUGCUGAAUUUGCCUCCAUAACUGUUUUCCAAGGAAGAACUCGAGGUGUUCCUCAAACUUGGAUCAGCAAAUUUGAAGAGGAAGCGGAGGACCAGAUUAGAUUUUUGUCAGUUGAUAGAAUUGCAGCACCGAGUUUGUCAGAUCACCCCAAUCCUUUAAAAGUCGGGGAUAUAAUACUUUCUGUGAAUGACAAAUUGGUCAGGAGUUUGAGGGAUUUUGCACCAAUGUACGACAACGAAUAUCUCAAUUUCAAAAUUAUACGUCAAAAGAAGGAGAUGUUGUUGACGGUUCCUACAAUAGAAACUGCCACUUUAGAUACUUCCCACGUUGUAUUUUGGUCAGGAGCUUUAUUACAAAAGCCACACUACGGAGUGAGACAAUUGAUGACCAAGAUCCCUUCGGAAGUUUUCGUCACUGAUAAAAGUUCAUGUGGGCCGGCACAUCAAUAUGGAAUAGUACCGGUUAGUUUUAUAACUCAUGUGAAUGACCAAGAGACCAAAGAUUUGUCAACUUUUAUCGAUGUUGUCAAGAAUAUCCCCGACAAAACAUACAUUAAGCUCAGAAUAGUAUCGUUUGACAAUAUACCAGCAGCAAUUUCGUUGAAAACUGACUAUCAUUACUUCCCAACAACAGAACUUUUACGAGAUACUACAACAGGGGAAUGGCAAACCAGAAAGCACGAGCAAAUUAAAUCAUCUGAUUGA